UUGGUUGGUGGAGCUGUGGGAGCUGCUGUCUCUUUUUUGCAAGGUUCAUCAGUAUGCAAUGAUCCAGAAUUAUUAACAGAUCCUGUGGAGAUUAGCGAAUGCUUAGUGGUCAACUGCAAGUUUGAUGUAAGAACAUGCACACUACCUUGCCCUAUGGGUUACAGCACCAAAGGUGGGGAUGAUCCAUGUCCAAAAAGUUGUAAGUGUUCAGCGGAGGGAAGUUUUGAAGGCGAUAUUCAAUUCUAUGAUGAUGAUAUUCCAGAAUUGCUAGGGAAGUACGGUUAUGUGGAUAAAGAUGAUGAAGAAUUCUCUUUAUUUGUUGGAAGUGCUCUCUAUGUUAAAGGCAAAAUAUUAUGGGACUCCAUGGCUCUACCAUCUGGUCGUAUUCCUAUUGGUUAUAAACUAGAUAGGUUUUUGACUGCUUCAACGGUGCUUAAAAGGGAAUUGGCGAAGACUAGCAAAAUGUAUUCAGAUAACACGUGUAUUGAUAUCGAGCCUUAUGAUCGAGAAAAACAUGGAACUCAUUAUGUUGAUAUUACUCUCGGGCGUGGAUGCACCUCUAUGGUUGGCUAUAAAAAGGAUAUUAAACAGCAGAAAAUGAGUUUGCAGUAUGGUUGUCACUAUGUCGGAACCGUAAUUCAUGAAUUUCUUCACACUUUGGGAUUUUAUCAUGAGCAAAGUCGUCCAGAUCGUGAUGACUUCGUAAAGAUUCACCUAGAUAAUGUAAAAGACGGCAACGCUCACAACUUUCAAAAGUCCCGUGCAUACUUCGUAAAGGACCUCAAAUCACCAUAUGAUUUACAGUCAAUUUUGCAUUAUAAUGCUAAAGCUUUCACAAAGAAUGGUCAACCAACAAUCACACAUGCAGGAUCAGAAAGAACGAUCGACACUCAAGGUAGGAACUUUCAGAAAAAGAUAUUUCUGAGCUGAAUGCAUUUCUGUGUAAAGGGUUGUAAUGCCGUGUCUUAUGAGAGGGAAAAAUGUAAACGAAAACCUUGCAGUGAAAAAAAGAAAUGGGCAGAAUGGGGGGAAUAUGGAGCAUGCACAACUACAUGUGGGACUGGCAUGCAGUUAAGGUGAUGUGGGCUCCACCAUGUUUAAUACUCAACUGUCUGUUGUAUCUUGGUGGUUAACACAGCAUGCAUUGUUUAUAUUUAAAAAGUUAAUUAACCUCACGUGACCAGAUAAACACAGUUGUUAUGACACAAAUCACAGUUGUUCUGUUUCAUACCCCUCAUGUGGCAAGUUACCACAUAUGUAACUUUGUGGGUAAUUUAUUUUAAUGUAUACCUGAUAAUUGAGA